AUGGAAGAGAAAGGUUACACUUUAGAUGGCACAGUGGAUCUUAGUGGACUUCCUGUGCUUUCUUCUACAACUGGGAAACGGAAAGCUUGCAAUUUCAUUCUUGCUUACCAAACAUUUGAAAGAUUUGCAUACUUUGGGGUGAGCGCGAAUUUGGUGAUUUAUAUGACAUCUGAGCUGCACAAAGACUUGGUAUCAUCGGUAACGAGUGUGAAUAACUGGUCAGGCACAGCAUGGAUAACUCCAGUACUUGGUGCUUACAUAGCAGAUUCUUAUUUGGGUCGUUUUUGGACUAUCACUUUUGCCUUGCUCAUAUAUGCCACAGGAAUAGGGCUGCUGGUUCUUACAACAUCACUGAAGUGCUUCAAACCAACGUGUACAAAUGAAAUUUGCAAAGAAGCAUCCACCAUACGACUAACACUAUUCUAUCUAUCAAUAUACACCUUAGCCUUAGGCAGUGGAGUACUGAAGCCCAACAUGUCAACUUUUGGUGCUGAUCAAUUUGAUGACUUCAAACCAAAGGAAAAAGUGCUAAAAGUCUCAUUCUUCAACUGGUGGUCGUUUAACACUGCAUGUGGCACUUUAGCUGCCACAGUGUUUGUGGUGUACAUUCAAGAGAGAUUUGGAUGGGGAUUGGGGUAUGGCAUAUCAGCAAUUGGUUUUCUACUUGGCACUGUUGUCUUCAUUAUGGGCGUCCCAUUAUAUAGGCACAAAUCCAUAAAGGGUAAGAGCCAUGCAAAGGAGUUUUUCAGAGUCCCGGUUGUUGCUUUCAGAAAUAGAAAGUUGCAUCUUCCUACUAACCCUUCGGAGCUGCAUGAGUUCGCGUUGGAACACUACAUUCAAAGUGGAAAACGACAAAUUUAUCACACUCCUCGUUUCAGGUUCUUAGACAAGGCUGCAAUAGAGGCAAGCAGAACAGAUGCAUCAAAUCCCCCAUGCACAGUGACUCAAGUAGAGACAAACAAGGUUAUCUUAGGGAUGCUUGGGAUAUGGCUACUAGUCAUAGUUCCAAGCAACUUCUGGGCGGUGGAAGUGACAGUGUUUGUGAAGCAAGGCACAACAAUGGAAAGGAACCUUGGUCCCAACUUCAGAAUACCAGCAGCAUCCCUAUGGAGUUUUGUAGUGGUCACCAUCCUCAUUUGUCUGCCCGUUUACGACCGUUACUUUGUACCUUUCAUGCGUCGAAGAACCGGGCAUCACAGAGGCAUCAAAAUGCUUCAUAGAAUUGCCGUAGGAUUUUCCAUCCAAGUCAUGUCUGCAGCAGUCAUGUAUAGUGUAGAAAUUCGGAGAAUGGAAGUCAUAAGGGAGAAACACAUAACUGGGGCAGAAGAAGUAGUUCCUAUGAGCAUAUUCUGGCUCUUGCCUCAACAUGUUCUACUGGGUCUUGCAAAUACUUUCCUCAUGGCUGGAUUGCUAGAAUUCUUCUAUGAUCAAUCCCCAGAAGACAUGAAAGUCCUUGGCACAGCCUUCUACACUAGCACCAUAGCUGCUGGGAAAUACUCUAACAGCCUCCUGGUUUCUAUGAUUGAUAAAUUUUCAUGGAAGUACAGUGGUAAGAGCUGGAUAGGCAACAACUUGAAUGACAGCCACCUGGAUUACUAUUAUGCUAUUCUUUUUGUGAUAUCUGCCCUUAAUCUAGGGGUCUUUCUCUGGGCACAAAGGGGUUACAUUUACAAGAAAGAAAAUGCAACUGAGGUGAAUAGCAUUGAGAUUUUGAGAGCAGAAGAGACAGAUCACAGGUAG